UACACUGUGAAUUGCCCUUUGGUCGGUCAGUGUCAGUACUCAAGUCAGAGGCUUUUCUCUCUUUUUCGGUGUUUCCUCGGCUCCUCGCUCUCGCUUUUGCUUGUUGCUAGCGACGAAUAAAACAACUCAGUUUCCGAAGCCCCAUCUCGCUCUGCAGAAUGGGAGCAGAGGUGGUUGAGAGACCCACCGUACGUCUCUCAAAUAUCCCGCAAUCCGUCAUAGCCAAAGACCUUCUACAGUAUCUCGAAACCCAACUAGGUCCAGACUCCGUCUUCGCUAUUGAAAUAUCCACAGAGCGCAAGAACUGGAAAUCCCGUGGUUUUGGCCGUGUUCAGUUCACUUCCCUCGAGUUUAAAGAGAAGACUCAGUCCCUUUCUAUUCAGAACAAGCUCUUUCUCAAAUCUCAAUACCUCAUGGUCUCUGAAACCUAUGACGACAUCAUUCCCAGGCCUAUCAAGCCCCAACAUAGACUCGAGAACUGUGUUCUGUAUGCGGGUUUUAUGAAAGAAGAGCGUUGCUUGUGUGUGUUGGAGAGCUGGGAUGGUGUCAGGGGUUGGCUUAUGCCUGAAAGGAGGAGAGUGGAAUUUUGGGUGUGGGUAAAUGAUGAAUGUUAUAAACUGGAUGUAAGGUUUGAUGAUGUUCUGGAGGCCGUUGGAUGCUGUUUGGGAGGUGAGAAAGUGGAUGCAAUUCUUUUGAAGCUCAGGUAUGGACCAAAGAUAUAUAAAAGAAUUUCUGGACCUCAUAUAGCUUCCAAAUUUAGUGCUGAUAGAUACCAUAUGUGCAAGGAAGAUUUUGACUUUGUUUGGGUUCGCACUGCAGACUUUUCAUCUGUGAAAUCAAUUGGACAAGCAACUUCAUUUUGUUGGGAAAUUGAAGAAGGAUUAGAGGCUUCAGAUAUUUUUACAAGUUUCCCAUAUUAUAUUGAAGAUAGAAAAGAUAUAGUUUUGGAAGAUGGGGAAGAAUUCCAUUCUACAUCUGAAAUAGUUCCACUUGCCAAAUGUGGAUCCGACUCUAAGUUAGCAUAUGAGAUUCUUUUCCAGUUAAAUUCUCUUGUGCAUACUCAUAAAAUUAGUCUUGCUUCAGUAGACACUGAUCUAAUUAAUAUUCUUGGUAGUUUGACCAUAGACACUGCUAUGAUAAUUCUUCAGAAGCUGCACAAGUUGACUUUCACUUGUUAUGAUCCACUGUCUUUUAUAAAGAAACAAUUACAUGUUCCAGGAAGAAACCUUAAAAAGCCUUUCAUAUCAUCACGCAAAAACUUUACAGAUCAUAAUAUAACAAUUUGUCAUAGGGCCUUAAUUACACCGUCAAAAAUUUACUGCUUGGGUCCUGAGCUUGAAGCCUCCAACUAUGUUGUAAAAAACUUUGCAUCAUAUGCUUCAGACUUUAUGAGAAUUACUUUUGUUGAAGAAGAUUGGAGUAAGCUGCCUGCAAAUGCUAUUUCCACAAGUAUCCAGCAAGGCAUUUUUGCAAAGCCUUUUAGAACUGAAAUAUAUCACAGGAUGUUGUCUGUUCUUCGAGAUGGAAUUGUGAUUGGUGCUAAAAGGUUUGAAUUUCUGGCUUUCUCAGCGAGUCAACUGCGAUCAAAUUCUGUUUGGAUGUUUGCUUCUAAUGAUGAUGUGAAGGCAGAAGAUAUUAGGGAAUGGAUGGGUUGCUUUAAUAAGAUCCGUAGUAUUUCCAAAUGUGCAGCUAGGAUGGGUCAACUGUUCAGUGCUUCUAGGCAAACUUUUGUUGUUCCUGCACAAGAUGUAGAGAUUAUUCCUGACAUUGAAGUUAAUUCUGAUGGCAUUGGCUACUGCUUCUCUGAUGGUAUAGGCAAAAUUUCACUUUCUUUUGCUAGGCAGGUUGCUCAAAAAUGUGGAUUGAAUCAAACUCCGUCAGCAUUUCAAAUUCGAUAUGGUGGCUAUAAAGGUGUAAUUGCUGUUGAUCGUGAUUCCUGCAGGAAGCUGUCUUUGCGUGGCAGUAUGCUUAAGUUUGAAUCAGAAAACAGGAUGCUUAAUGUCACUAAAUGGAGUGAAUCUAUGCCUUGUUAUUUAAAUCGAGAGAUAAUAUCCCUCUUGUCUACUUUGGGAGUGAAGGAUGAAACAUUUGAGGGUUUGCAACAGCAACAAUUGCGUCUCCUUGGCAGAAUGCUAAGUAACAGAGAGGCAGCUUUGGAUGCAUUGGAGAAUUUAUCUUGGGCUGACUCCAAGAAUCUUCUGGUAAAGAUGUUGCUUCAAGGUUAUGAGCCCAAUGUGGAGCCUUACCUCUCAAUGAUGCUUCAAGCUUAUCAUGAAAACCUAUUGGUGGAACUAAGAAGUAGGUGUCGGAUUUUUGUUCCAAAAGGCCGUAUCCUUAUUGGUUGCUUGGAUGAAAGUGGACUUCUAGACUAUGGCCAAGUUUAUGUCUGCAUAACAAUGACCAAAGCAGAGCUGCAGAACAUAGAUCAGAGCUACUUCCGGAGGGUAGAUGAAAAGACAUCUAUAGUAACAGGAAAGGUGGUUGUCACUAAAAAUCCUUGUCUCCAUCCAGGAGAUGUCAGAGUGCUUGAUGCUGUCUAUGAAGUGGAACUGGAAGAGCAGGGUUUGGUUGACUGCAUUCUUUUUCCUCAGAAGGGAGAAAGGCCUCAUCCGAAUGAAUGCUCUGGUGGUGAUCUUGAUGGGGACCUAUUUUUCAUAAGCUGGGACAAAGGUCUCAUCCCGAGUCAAACUGUGAGCCCCAUGGAUUACCUAGGACGGAGGCCUCGAAUAAUGGAUCAUAAUGUGACACUAGAGGAAAUUCAAAAGUUUUUCGUUGAUUACAUGAUUAACGAUACUUUGGGUGCCAUCUCCACUGCCCAUUUGGUCCAUGCUGAUCGUGAACCAGAUAAAGCUCGAAGUGAUAAAUGCCUGCAGUUGGCAGCACUUCACUCCAUGGCAGUUGACUUUGCAAAAACUGGUGCACCAGCUGAGAUGCCUAGGUUUUUGAAACCAAAGGAAUUUCCAGAUUUCAUGGAGAGGACAGACAAAACAACAUAUAUUUCUAAUGGAGUGUUGGGAAAACUCUACCGAGGAAUUGUUGGUUCCACUUCACGAGAAGGAUCAAAGUUUGUGUGGUCAGAGAAGAUAGCUGAAGCAACUUAUGAUCGUGAUCUUGAAGUGAAAGGAUUCGAAGAGUUCAUUGACAUGGCGUUGAGUCACAGAGACAUUUAUGUAGAGAAACUAAGUGGCUUGAUGAAAUAUUACGAGGCAACGUAUGAAGAUGAGAUACUGACAGGUAAUCUGAGAAAGAAGGCAAUGUAUUUGCAGCGAGACAACAGGAGAUAUGGAGAUAUGAAGGAUCGAAUUAUGCUGUCCCUGAAGAGCCUACAGAAUGAGGUUAAAGAAUGGUUUGAGAGCAGCUGCCAGCCAAAAGAACACCAACCCCUGGCCUCAGCAUGGUAUCAUGUAACUUAUCAUCCAAGUUAUUUCCAAGAAGGCGUGAAUUGUUUAAGUUUUCCAUGGAUUGUAGGUGACAUCUUACUGAACAUUAAGUCUGCAAAUAGCAAAAGAGAUCCUGCAUGAAUCAGGUUGCUGUGUAUCAUGUAUAUAGGACACUCUUCAGGUCUUUGAUUGUGAUUUGCCAAGUUGGAUCACUUAACAAGGCAAAGCAUAUCAACUUUUGAUCAUUAGGUGAUUGCGAGCAUGCAUUACAGAUAACUAAGUUAAGAUUGUUGAACAGUGUACGUAUGCCUACCAAUGUUGACUGCUAAGCAGUCUUCGCUCCAUUUUUAAUUGCUUCGUUAGUUUUCAAUC